AUGGACCUGACGGAUUACAGAAGACAGCAGAGAAGACUCAUUGACAGCCCUGAGGGCACGUCUGAUUCUCUGUCUUUUCUUUUUUUUUCUCUUUUCAGGGUAUUUAAGAAGACCAGCGGCAAUGGAAAUAUCGCCUUGUACUUGGGGAGGAGAGACUUUGUGGACCAUGUGGAUUCAGUGGAUGUAGUUGACGGUGUUAUUAAAGUGGAUCCUUCUGAUCUUAACGGCAGAAAAGUAUUUGUCUACCUUGCUUGUGUCUUUCGCUAUGGAAGCGAUGAAUUGGAUGUUAUUGGGAUGUCCUUCAGAAGAGACAUCUGGGUCCAGCGUGUUCAGGUUUAUCCACCUACAGGUGAAAGCAUAACAAAGACACCAAUGCAGGAAUCCCUCCUGAAAAAAGCUGGAGAGCAGGGAUAUCCUUUUUCCUUCCAGAUGCCAACAAAUCUCCCAUGCUCAGUCUCCUUACAGCCUGGGCCAAAUGAUGCUGGCAAGGCUUGUGGUGUGGACUUUGAGGUUAAAGGAUACAUUGCCAAUGUAGCUGACAAUGCAGAUGAAGUCAUUGAAAAGAAAGACACAUGUCGCCUGAUGAUUCGCAAAAUACAAUUUGCACCAGCUAACAACAAGGCCGGACCCAAGGCUGAUAUAACCAAGCAGUUUAUGAUGACUGACAAAUCUGUUCACUUGGAGGCCUCCCUUGAAAAAGAGAUUUAUUAUCACGGAGAAACAAUCACUGUCAAGGUAAAAAUCAACAACGAAACCACCAAGGUUGUAAAGAAAAUCAAAGUCUCAGUCGAGCAGCUAACAAACGUGGUGCUCUACUCAUCCGACACUUACGCCAAGGCAGUCUGCUCUGAGGAGUUCGGGGAGACAGUAAACGCCAACUCUACGCUCGAGAAGUCCUUCCAAAUAAUCCCCCUGCUGGCCAACAACAAAGAGAAGCGUGGUCUUUCAGUGGACGGGCAGUUAAAAGAUGAGGACACCCACCUAGCAUCCACUACUCUGAGUCAGGGAGAAAAGGAGAUGCAGGGAAUCAUUGUGUCCUAUAAAGUCAAGGUCAAUCUAAUGGUGUCCGGUGGAGGCCUGCUGGGUGGCCUAACAGGAAGUGAUGUCACUGUGGAGCUUCCUUUGACUCUGAUGUCCCCAAAACCUGCAGACAUCUCAAUCGAGUCCAUGGACGGUUGA